UAUAUCUUUCAAUUACCCAUCUCACCAGAAACCUCUAAGAUUUUCAUAGUCUUUGUUAUAUUUGGAGCUUUUGUUUUGUUCACUUCAAAAAAUGGCCAGUUUCAAGUGUUUAGCUAUUCUUGGUUUACUUGUUUCAGCCUUAGCAGUGAGUGAAAGUAGGGUUGAAAGGAAGGACCUAGGGAUUGACCUUGGGGGAGUUGGGGUUGGGUUAGGUGUUGGACUGGGGCUUGGACUUGGUGGUAGUGGGUCAGGCUCAGGUGCAGGAGCUGGGUCUGGCUCUGGAUCUGGGUCAAGUUCUAGUUCUAGCUCAAGCUCUAGUUCUUCCUCUACAUCACGGUCUAAUGGUGGUGGGUCUGCAGGUUCAGAAGCUGGCUCAUCUGCUGGAUCCUACGCUGGUUCCAGGGCUGGGUCAGGCUCAAACGGGCAUGGAAAAUAAGCUCUAUAAUUGAAAAAAGAAAUUAAGUGUCAUCUACAAGCAUAACUAGCAUAAGUAGAUGGUGAUUAGUGGUAUCCUAUGAAGUUCUAUUUUUAUGUCAUAUAUCUCCUAUGUAUUGUGCUUUGUUAACAUUUGGAUUGCAUUGAAUAAUAUAUAAGUUGUGGUUUUAAUA